AUGUUGAGCCUCGACCUGGCAGUGGAGCUCGUCUUCUCGACCUGUCUCGGGGUCGUCUCCUUCAGCGCCACUUGUCAGCUGCCCGGCCGAAAUGCCAACAAGCCACUUGUUCAACGCAAGCCCCACCUCAGACACGGACUCAUAUGCACGGCCCGCAUCCCUUCCUUCGGUCGGACACCCGAAGAAGUUGAUGGCAUGUUCCAGAGCCGUCAAGAGAGCCGUCUUGAUAAAUGA